CCUUCCAAUGUCAGGGAGGGCAAAGCAUGAUCUUGACAAAGCAUGUGGUAAAAAAAAGUACCAUGAAUAGUCUUAACAACACAAGAAUAUCAAUCCAAUGAACCAUAUGUUGUUGUUUUUUACAAGAAGCUGCACUGUAAAGGAUAUACUCAUCAUGAGAGUGAGUGAGAGGAACUGUGAACAGAGCAACAAAUGAUUGCGAAACUCAAUGUAUGCCGUAUUAGGCUAGAUUGGGAGGGUGUAUGUAGUGUAGUGGGGAGGUGAUCAUACUCAGUGCAUGGCCACUCUAUAAGAUGCUCAUUUGCAUUUGCCUCACUCUAUCUGACUGAUUGAAACUUAACACCAGAGGUAACUGUUCUCUCUCUGUCAAGAUUUAUUUUGCUUAAGACAAGUUUUGCUUUCUGUGACUGCUCUUUGGGGAGGUGGUCGUUUAUGUGAAGGAUUUCCACAUUUCUCAUAUCUGGAGGUUUUCUUCCACUACUGUGUGUCUUGUCUUUUCUGCUGACAAGACGACCUGAGGAGUCAUACUGUACAACCCACACUAGUGCUUGGUCUUGCUCUGGGAAAUCUCUCUGUGUCUCUCGUUGUGUGCCGGGACCCCUGGUGCGUGGACCUCGCUCAGGUACUACUUGACUACCUCUUGGAGGAUCCUUUUUCAGUUCCUUAUAUUCUCUGAUCGGAGAGAUCAUGGCUGAGGGUGGUGUCCCGUACCCCUCCGUGUUCAUGGUGGAUAGCCAUGCAGCCUACCCACCGCUGCCCCCCAAACCGAGACCUCCUGGUCGGGGUGGUGUGGCCCAAAGCCUGCUGUUCUUGCUGGUUGGUCUGGCUUUGUGUGGAUUGGCCAUAGAGGCCUGCUUCAUCUACCACCUCUACUCCAAACAGGGAUCUGCGGAGUCAGGGUCAGCUGGUAUGAGUAUCCAAGACCAAGAGGACAUUCCGAAGGAGGUUCCCCCAACUUCAAGACCAAACCCUAUUGUGUUGCCUUCAAAACCUGUUGCACAUCUGACAGCUGGACCUCAAGCACCCCAUGGAGAUGGAGUCAUGGUAUGGAACAUGCAGGCAGAACCAAUCCUCCAUGAAAUGGAGUACAAAGAUGGGAAGCUUGUCAUCCAGAAGGAAGGCUACUACUACGUCUACUCUAAGAUCUUCUUCAGUGAGGUCGAUGUUGCGUUCACACACUCGGUCUGCAGAACUACUCCACGGUACCUUGGGAAGGACAUUGAACUCCUUAAGUCCAGGAGAUAUCACCCCAAGUUUGGGAAAAUGAUGUCCACAUCAAACAGCUACCUGGGAGGGGUGUUCCACCUCUUUGAAGAUGACUCCCUCUUUGUCAAAGUGAAAAAUGUCACUCAAGUUCGGAUACAACAUUCCACAGAGAACGUGUUUGGUAUCUAUAUGAUAUAAUACGGGUUGAUGAUGAAUAUACUUUUUUUAGGUAUCUGGCUGAUUAUCAUUGGUUUAAGGCAUAAUAAUACUGUAGGCCAAUUUACAUGUAAUAUUGCUACGCAGGGCCUUCCCCCUCAUUUUCUUUAAACAAAUCCUUGCAUCAAGAUGAAAUUCGAUGCGUGGAAAAUUUACUGUUGACGAAAAAGCCCCUUUAUAAUAAAGCCAUAAUAAUGUUUGCCAUA